CACCUCCCUAUCUUGCACCCAUCCAUCCACCCAUAGCUAUCUCUAGCUAGCUUGCACAUUCUUCAUUCUUCUUGCAAUCAGAGCUAGAGAAAAAGAGUUUGAGAGAGAUCUAAGAGAUGUCAGGGGUUUGGGUGUUCAAGAACGGGGUGGUGAGAUUGGUGGAGAAGCAGCAGGCGACGGCGGGGACGGCGGUGGCGGGAGGGAGGAGGAAGGCGCUGGUGCACACGCCGAGCGGGCAGGUGGUGUCGUCGUACGCGGCGCUGGAGGCGCGGCUGACGGCGCUCGGGUGGGAGCGCUACUACGAGGACCCCUCCCUCUUCCAGUUCCACAAGCGUGGCUCCCUCGACCUCAUCUCCCUCCCCGCCGACUUCUCCGCCUUCUCCUCCGUCCACAUGUACGACAUCGUCGUCAAGAACCGCGACUCCUUCCGCGUCGUCGACGCCUAAAUUGACCUAUGUAUAGGCUCGCAUGCAUGCAAGGUAGACGACCAUCCACCUUGCAUGCAUGCAGGCUAUCAUUCUCUCUUCGUCUCCGUCUUCGUCUUUCAUCUUUGUUGUGGUGUGUGUGAAUUUAUUAUACUUCUUAUGACUGUGUGUGUGACUGUGUGAGAGUUCAUGGAGAGUGAUGAGUAGUGGUAUACAUAUGUGUCGUCGCUGAUCGAUUUGGUUUAUUACCUUGUGGGUGGGUAUUAAUUAUCAGCAGUGUGUUAUAUCAAUUGCUUACUUGUAUGUGUAUCAUGUACAUGAGUGAGUGUGGCUGAUGCAUAUAUAUAGAGGUCUUUAAUAAUUAUGUACUAUAUAUUUGUGUAGCUAGAUAUAUGUACUACCUGCUCUGCUAUAUGUAAUAAUGUACGCAUGUUUUUGCUUAUAAUUAAUCAUAUGUUGAUCUGUAUAUGCUUA